UGAUGUCAUGACUCAUUCUUGGAGAGAUCGCUGGCGCAUUUCUAGCGUUUAUAACGCUCAGAGAGGCGAAGGACGCCAUAGACAGUUCCAGAUAAAACUCCCUGAAGCGCACAUGGAUCAACAGUAGAGAUAUAACACCGAACUAAACUCAACUGAACUCUGCUUAACUCUGAAGAACUCUGGGGAGAUGGAGAUGAUCGCGGGUGUGCAAAAGAUGUCAAUGGGGCAGGCGGAAACCGGAAGGGGUGUGUUGUGUCUGACAUGUAAAGGGAUCUGUGCUGGAUUUCAGCCACAUUCCUGGAGAAAAGCCUGCACUCAGUGUCACUGCAGUCUGGAGGAGCAUAUGUCCAGCUCCGACAGCGAAGACGACCGUAAGGUGGGCAGACUUCUGGCAGAGUCCCGCUAUGCUCAUCUCACGGCUAAAGUGAAGGGAGGAGAUGGGCUGAGGGUCUACAAACGCAACCGCAUGAUCGUCACAAACCCGGUGGUCUCACGUAAAGACCCGACCUUCAACACUGUUACAUAUGACUGGGCACCAACAGGACUCACCCAGAAACUAGCAAUGCAGUACAUGGAGCUUCUCCCUGCAGACAGGCGUCCUGUGGCCAGCACAGAAGGGGCGUUAUAUCGCCACAGGCAACUGAUAAGACAGCUGCCAUUGUACGAUCAGGACCCAUCAUGCUGCCACAGCCUGUCUGAGGCAGAGCUGAGAGCCAUGACUGACUUUGUGAGGUCAUAUAAAGAGGAGGCACUUGGUGUUGGGGAGGUCGCCUUGCCUGGAGAAGGAGGUACAGCCAAACAGAAGAAUGAAAAACAAACCCAGGAACAACCAAACCCUGAGAUCACCACCAAUGAAACAGCAGAGAAGAACAAGAAGAGUGAAUCUAGCUGCAGUGGUUGUGGUCAGGUGGCAGCGAUGGACAGUCCUGUAGUGUACGCUGACAGGUGCGGGUAUGAGAGACUCUGGCACCCCACCUGCUUUGUGUGCAGUGAGUGUGGUGAAGCUCUAGUGGACCUCAUCUACUUCUGGAAGGACGGAGCACUGCUGUGUGGACGUCAUUACUGCCAGAGCAUCAGACCUCGCUGUCUGGGCUGUGAUGAGAUAAUCUUCUCAGUGUUGUUUCAUCAAGACACUGAUGGGAGCUUCUGGCAUAAGGAACAUUUCUGCUGUUGGCUGUGUGGACAGAACCUCAGAGUUCAAUGUGGAUGUGACAACCACCAAUCAAAAUCAUUCUCAAACCAGUAAAGUACUGGCUAAACUGGCACAUAACACACAUAGCCUUCAGUUUUUGAAAAAAACAACUAAAUAUUUUGUCAUUUACUAAUUAAAGCUCAUGGUUUUUUGGGUGUGUAAUUUUGUCUUUGCAUAUCAGCAAGAAAAUUCAAACUGGUGUCAUAGAAUCACAAUACUACAGUAUACCUACACAGGGCUGCCAAUAAGGGUGGACAACUGAACCUUUUGUACCGACCCGGGCUUGAGAAAGGAUAUUGUAGAGCGCAAUUUAGCCUACUUUAUAAACAUAAAACAGAAUUAACUUUAAACACUCAAUUUAGCGCCACAGUGAACAUUUCACCUUAUGACUGUCAUGAAUCUUGGCAAAAAAAAUUCACCACAGUCAUGUAUUUUUUAUGAGAUCAGACCCUUUGAUGGCUCUGUGAGCUCAUUUAAGACACUUAGGAUGCUGCAUUAGAAAGUAGUCGACAGUCACUAGAUUCUGGAACAGAGCCUGUUUCAACUGCCCUAAAAUAUUUGAUACCAUAAACAUUGUGUUAUGUGUAUAAGCUUACUUUACUAAACUUUCAACUGAUGUAGAGGUAUACAUGAUCAAAAUGGUUAGUCAUGCAGAAAUCUUUCUGCUUGCUAUUUUUUUCUUGACUACUUUGGGGAUUAAUCUGUUUAUGUAAAAAGCAGCCCACACCCCGUGUACUUGUAGACAAACAGGCAGAGAUCAUGACACUAUGAUACUACACUCUUUUGGUUAGUUGACAUUCAUUGAUGAUGUGAUCAGUUGGGUGUGUGAGGUCUUAAGAAACUCUAUGCAUGAUUUCUCCCUAUCGUCCCAUUAACUGACUGCAUGUUAUAAACCAAAACUAAUUCAGUUUCUGUGAUUCUAAUGUAUCUGAAAGUAAAAACAAACAAAAACAAAACAGUACAUUCUCUAAAAUCUCUCAUUUUGUUUCAUGGAACAACAUGAAGGUGAAUAAAUUAUGGCAGCAUUUUUAGUUUUAAGUGAAUUGUUUCUAUAAUGAAUAUGUUUGACACCACAAACAUGAAAUGGGGCCUAAAACUAAUUAGCAAUAACAGUUGAAUACAGAUGGUUUAAUGCUGCUACUUUCAUGCACACACUUGGCUUCAUGUGUGAGUUUUGCUGGCAGCCAUUAGAGACACAAGCCAGAGACUGACAGCCAUAAGCACAUAGGUGAGAGUUCAGGGAGUCCUUAUAAAUGUUUUUUUCCUUUAGCUCUGCCAUUAGUCCUUUUCAUUGCAAAUGAGUUUGUAAAUAUUAGAUCACUUCCAGAUUUAUGCUUUGGUUUAAUCUAGCUCAGUAUGGAUGAGCGUUAAAGAGCAUUUGGUAUUUUAAUGUACUGUUACUCUCUGCUCCCACUCAUCGUCCAAACAACAAUAAUUGUGUUUGAGUUAAAAGCAUCAUCAGUCUAUAUUAGUGAGGUUCUGUAAUGUUGGUCCAGUGGAUGUUUGGAUUCCUUGGAACUGUGUUUAACUUGAACUAUUUAAAAUUCUGGAAGUAAUAUGAUCUGAAGUUUUGAUUCUUGCGCUGAUGGUUUUCUUGCAUCUGAUGAAGGUGUGUGGGGGGGCACUCUCAAAUAUGCCUAUUAUGUGAACAUACAGUAUGCCUUUAAAUUAGUUAUUUAUACAUGUUGUCAUUUAUUAAUUUAAUUUAGUUAUUGUUUUUACAUAUAGGCAUUUAUUCAUUUACGAGUAGUGUUGUCAAUGUCUGAACUGGAAGAGACAUCGGAAAUAUAUAUAUAUAUAAAUGCAUCCUGAAUUUUCGGUUUCGGCCCAGAAUUUUCAAACCAAUAAAAUGAUCACACUUUUAUUGAAAGUAACACCAAAAUUGGGCAGAAAAUAUAUUAAAACAUUAUUCUUUAUUCAGUUCUUUAACAAUCAAAUUUAACAGAUUUUUUUGUACAAUUAUCCAAAUAAUGUAACGUUCUAGAUAGGGCUUUUUUUAUUUUUUAUUUAUUGUUUUAAUUAAUUUUACAAAAAAUAACGUGUUACAAUUUUUUUACGCAAUUAAUCACAUGCCCAUAAUAAGGAAGAUUCCUGAGAAAUGCAAGCUUGCAGUACCACCUGUUUUCUCCAGAGGGCAGUAAGUGAAAUUUCAGCUGUAUGAGCAAAGCGCAGUUUAUACAGUGAAGAAAACACUUCAGCAGAACAACAAAAACAUACGUUACGUUCUUGCAUUCAAAACGCUCGAAGGAGCGCAAAUGCGAUCUGAGGGAUCUCACGAUGUGUUUAAAGAUUGAGCAUUAAACUAUAUUUAACUUGAAACAGUGACCUAAACAUUUUCUGUUUAUGACGCAACACACCCGAGACGUCUAACGUAGGUGUAUAUUGACGGGCCCUUAAACAAGCCCUCAUAAUAAAUCUCCAACUGAUUGACAAAUUCACUUGUGAAAUGGAUUGCUGUGAACUGUAUGCCAAUGAUUGACUCUUGAGACUUUUGCAUGAGCUCGCUGCUGCAUCGGAGAGUGGUCUGUUGUCUGACACGGAUGACUCAACUGGGCUGCCGCCUUCGGGCCAGCACGCUCAGUCUGAUGCGCAAAGUGGACAAAACACGCUUCCUCGACGCACCUGUCUCCCAGUUCGGCCUCUUCGGCUUCGCCCAGCAGUUUUCAGUGGUGAAAAUGCAGACGGAGGCCAUAUCUCACAUCAUGCCCCGCCGCACCUCCAGUGCAGCCCGUGCCCCGCCCAAGAAACGUACAGCUCCGCCUCAACCCGGGCCCAGCUCUCAGCCCCAGCGUUGAGCACCCCGCAGGAGGUGCACGGCCCCGGUCUCACGAACCCCUUCGAGGACCCGGAAGGCUCCCAAGUGUUCCUGAGACAGACGACCCAGGGACCAAGAUGUUUGCUCCGGACCUGGUAAGCAGACCACACCGUGGGGGUGGAGGCCGGGAGGAGAAUCUUCAGUUAAACUUAUUUACUUUGCCGUACCCAUAUUCUCAAUAAAAGAGCAAUUCCCUUUGUCUCUGGGUCACCUGGCCCGCAAAUGCCAUUCUCACGGCACUCUGCCACCACACCUCAACAUUCCCGGCACAUUGGAUGCAGACCUCUUGCCUCCAGCCCCACGACUGUUGUCCCCCGGCCAGCCGGUUCUGACGAGUCUAGAGGACGCCUCCGCGGGACCUCCUCCUCACUCAAUAACCCACCCCUUGCAGGGUGUGCGGAGCAAGGAAAGUGCUUCGAGUCUUCUCUCAGCACCAGAGCCUCGGGACGUGUUUUUGCCUCCCAACGCCGCAUUACCUACUCAGCCCUGCGGCGAAGCCCUUCUGGGUAUGUCAAAAAUAAUCGUCCCCUUAGUGCCUCUAGCAAGGAGCUUGGUUGCUGUCACUUCCCAAUCCGUCACGCUGGCUGGCCAGGACCAUUCCACUCGGUUAUGAAAUUCAGUUUGCCAGCCCAAUGCCAUUCUUCACAUGUGACCUAAAAGCCCAUGUGAUGUAUUUCACUACUCUUUUUCUCCCCCAGUCUGGGCAGGUGUGGUCUCCGCAGGGUCUUUUCCCCCUGAAAGAAUAGGAAAACUGGGAAAGUUUGCCUUCCCCGAUGCAUGUGAUAGCGUUAAGAUGGCCCUGGCGCGGCCUGCUCCCAUGCUUGGCACGUCGCCUUGUUCCACCCUGUCGGGGGUAAAGAACCAGAAGGCAUUGAUGAUUUUAUGGGGCGUUGUGGAAGGGUACAUGCAGCCUGGCACUUCCGGUCGCUUUGGCAUGUAAAAUACCUGCCCGCUCCUGUGUCAGCAGUACACGUACAUGGCUCAGUGCAUGCCGUGAUUUAAAUUGGACCCCUAGUGUUGCUUCUUCGACACAACGUCGAAGUGAGCGACAGACGUGGAACGUAAUGUAAUGUAAUGUAAUGUUCGGAUGUAACCUCCGAACGAGACGUUGUGUCCUCCUGGCCACGUCGCUGAACCGAGCCACUGUUGCGUUGCUUUGAAGUAUUUCCACACCACUGAAAUCGGCCUUUGCUGGGUAGUGCCGUGAUUAUGGCUAGAUCGAUUGAGAGUGAAACCUGAGCAAUGAGGGGCGUGAAGGCAUAUAUUUUCGGCCUUUUUUCGGCCAAAAUUUCGGUGCAUCCCUAAUAUAUGUACACAACAUUAAAACCACCUGCCAAAUAUUGUGUAGGUCCCCCUCAUCAGCAGUUACAGAAAUACUGAAAUCAGCCCAUCUGGCACCAACAAUCAUGCCACGAUCCAAAUCACUGUGAUCAGUUUUUUCCCCAUUCUGAUGGUUGAUGUGAACAUUAAAUGAAGCUCCUGACCUGUAUCUGCAUGAUUUUAUGCACUGCACUGCUGCUACAUGAUUGGCUGAUUAAAUAAUCGCAUGGAUGAUUGUUGGGGCCAGGUGGGCUGGUUUCUGUAUUUCUGGGAUUUUCACACACAACAGUCUCUAGAAUUUACUCAGAAUGGUGUCAAAAACAAAAAACAUCCAGUAAGUGUCAGUUCUGUUGAUGGAAAUGUCUUGUUGAUGAGAGAGGUCCACAGAGAAUGAAUUGAACUGACAAAGUCUACAUGAACUCAGAUAACUGCUCUUUACAUUUGUGGUGAGAAGAAUAUAAUCUCAGAAUGCUAUUGAGCUGUUUUGGUGGCACGAGGGGGACCUAAACAGUUUUAAUGUUGUGACUGAUAGUUGUGUAUAUAUAUACUUCAGCUAUUUAAUUUGGAAAAAUAAUUGAUUACUGAACAUACCAUCUGGAAUGUCAACCUUUUGAAUCUGUUUAACAAGUAGAUCUUUGUAAGGUUCUAAGUAUUUUACAGAGACAAGUUCAACAAUACAAAGAUGUUUUUCUCAUGGCUUAAUCUUUUUCAACCUAAAUUUGAAUAGAUGGCAAAAGUUGGGCUUGUGUUGGUAUAUGUCUAGUUUGCUUGCUUGGUCAAUGUAGAAAGAAGACUUGUUAAAUAUAUUGUGUUGUUUGUUUUAAAACGGCAUUAAACUGUGCAAUAGGCUUUCGUGACAUUUUAACCUUUUGCUUUAUUGAAGAUAUUUUGCCUAGUUUCUUUAAAAUCUUGCUAUGCUUAGCUGAAAGUACUCUGUGUUAUGUACAUUACACAUUAUAUGUACAACUCUGAUGAAAUACUUUGAUGUGAAUAAAUUAGAUGAAUCUUUGUUUUACCCUGUCUUAAUUGUCUCUAUUCAAAGUAUGAAAUACACAAUUAUAAUAUAGCAUAAUUCACUAAGUGUGGGUGAUCACAGGACUUCAUGACUACAGACCUGUUGCUCUCACGUCUGUGGCCAUCAAGUCAUUUGAGAGACUGGUGUUGGCCCACUUGAAGGACAUCACUCUCUGCUAGAUCCCCUUCAUUUUGCUUACCUCCCAAAGGGGUCUGUGGAUGAUGCUGUCAACAUAAAGACUGUAUUAUAUCCAGCAACACCUCAAUAGACCUGGGACUUCUGCAAGAAUCCUAUUUGUGGAUCAUGCCUGAUCUUCUCUCAACCAAAUUUACACAGCUCUCCGUGGCAAUCACAAUCUGUCAGUGGAUCAGUGCUUUCUCUCUCCACUGCUCUUCUCACUGUACACUGAUGACUGCACUGCAAAGGACACUUCUGUCAAGCUCCUGAAAUUUGCAGAUGACACCAUGGUCAUUGGCCUUAUCCGCGGUGGUGACGAGUCUGCAUACAGAUGGGAGCUUGAACAGCAGGCUGUCUUGUGCAGUCAAAACAACCUUGAGCUGACCACGCUCAAAACAGUGGAGAUGAUAGUGGACUUCAGGAGAAAUCCCCCCAAUCCCCACUCACCAUUCUGAGCAGCAGUGGAGUCAUUCAGGUGCCUGGGCACUACCAUCUCACAGGACCUGAAGUGGGACACCCACAUAGACAUGAAAAAGGCUCAGAAGAGGUUUUUGUGUCUGUCCUGUGUACAUCUAUAACUCUCUGGUUUGGUUCAGCCACCAAAUCCGACAGAAGGAAACUACAACGGACAGUCUGGAUGGACAUUUAUUUCCUUGUGUAAUAAAGCUAAUUUUGAUUCUGAAAAAUGGACUGAGACACCCAACUAAAAUGAUCUGAAUAAAGAGAUAUGAAUCUGAGAAUACAGACUACUUACAAUGAAAAUUUGAAGGCAAAAAAUAAAAGUGAAUAAGAAUUGUUAAAACUAAAGAAAUUAAAACCAGUUACAGCAGCUAAACUAUACAUUUUCCCAUAUACAUUCAUAUAAAAUGUAAGCUUUUUUAAUUGUAUUUUUAUCUGAGAGCCUGGUGUAUAGGACAUAGCACUUUUUAUUGAGAAUAAAUCAUAUUUUUGAUAAUCUUAAAGAGUACAAUUGGUUGCAGGGGAGCUGCAUGCUCCAAGAGAUGAGAGAGCGAGCCAAGAUUUUUGUUCUGUAUUGUUACUUGUUGUCCCCCUCUGGUGGUACUCUGAAUAAAUCACAGUCACGUUCGUUCUGCGGCUUCCUUUAAUGAUGUCAUCAGAGAGCGCUCAGUAAUAUCUUCCGUCUGCUGUGUCUUGUAUUCGUGUAUCAAUCUCCUUAAGAAAGUCUUUCUGCUCACGUUCAAGCUAUAAACGAUCAUCGUCGUUUUACCCUACUUUUGGUCAUCAUUAAAGAAGUAAACGAUUCACCUUCGUCCUGUGUGGUGAUUAGAGGAGGAGUUAAACUGUCUGUCAAUUUACAGGAAGGGUUGUAACAAUGACGGAACAAUUUUUCUUCCAGACCCUCCCAGUCCACAAGAACAUCUGAUACCCUCUGAAUCUAGAAUUCAGUAUUUUCCACACCAGGUAUCCUGUAAUUCCAUCAAUGUCUAAUGG